GCUCACGUGACCUCAGGGCGGGUGUGCUGAGCGGCGGGCUAACCUCGGCUGGGCGAGCAGGGGCCAUGGCGGGUGUGGUGGAUUUCCAGGACGAGGAGCAGGUGAAGUCCUUUCUGGAGAACAUGGAGGUGGAGUGCAACUACCAGUGCUACCGCGAGAAGAACCCGGACGGAUGCUAUCGGCUGGUGGACUAUUUGGAAGGGAUCCAGAAGAAUUUUGAGGAGGCUGCCAAGGUGUUGAAGUUCAACUGUGAAGAGAACAAACACAGCGAUAGCUGCUACAAACUGGGGGCUUAUUAUGUGACUGGGAAAGGUGGACUGACCCAGGACCUAAAAGCUGCCUCCAGCUGCUUUCUGAUGGCAUGUGAGAGGCCCGGAAAGAAGUCUGUGGAGGCAUGUCACAACGUUGGUCUCCUGGCACAUGAUGGACAGGUCAAUGAGGACGGCCAGCCUGACCUGGAGAAGGCUAGAGACUACUACACAAGGGCCUGUGAAGGCAGCUAUGCCUCCAGCUGCUUCAAUCUCAGUGCUAUGUUCCUGCAGGGUGCCCCUGGUUUUCCCAAGGACAUGGGCCUGGCAUGUAAAUAUUCAAUGAAAGCCUGUGACUUGGGCCACAUCUGGGCCUGUGCCAAUGCCAGCCGCAUGUACAGGCUGGGAGAUGGCGUAGAUAAAGAUGAGGAGAAAGCUGAGGUACUAAAAAAUCGGGCCCGGCAGCUGCACAAAGAACAGCAGAAAAAUGUCCAGCCUUUGACAUUUGGGUAGUGUGGUCCAUAUUCCUAAGCAACAAACAGCUUGAGGCUGGCACCUCCUAUGUCUUACGUAGCCCUUGAAGGUCAGCCUGCUGGAGCAGGAAGACUUGGGACUUAAUGUCAGUAGCUGUGGUUACAUAGACCCGUUUCCCCAGAGUGUCACCUGCUGGGUUGUAGCCUAAAAUGUUUAUUUCAGUCAGUGUUCUUUUUAUCUGUUGUGUUCUGUGAAGGCACACACAUAUGGGAUUUUCGUUCUAAGUCUUCUAGCUCAGUGAAAAACAGCAAACUAGAGAGCCAUAGAGAUUGUGGGGGUUGCGGAGGGGAGACAGCAGGAAGUUGGAAAAAUCAGCAGCCGUAGUGCCUGAAGGAAUCAGAUGUUAUUAUUAUCAUUAUUAUUAUUUUAGUUGGGAAGGCUUGAUAAUCAGAAAGUAUCUUGAUUUACAUAAUAGAGGGCUUAAGGAGCUAAGAACAAGUCAAAUAGUCACGACUGCCACCCUCUGACUUAUGUAAUCAUUGGUGUGUGUUUCCAUUUUGCCUUAGAGUCAAAUCAUCAGUAAAUUCAUAGAGAUUGGGAGGGACGUGCAACAUAAAAUUAGAGGUCGUUAUGUGUCAGGGUUGCCAAAGAUGAUGAAAUAUAAGCCCUCCUUUAGUGGAGGCAUUCACAGAUGACAGCUAGCAUCCCAAGUCCGUUCCCCUGGCACUGCUCUCCUUGCUUAAGGAGCAGAUUACUCCCAAGGCAACUUCAGCUAGGGGUUCAUUAGCAAGGAUUUUGUGACACAUUUUGUCCGUUGGAACUGAACCUUUUUAACUGUCCCUGUGAAUAAACUAUUUUGAUCGAUU